AUAUACGUGGGCUGUUGAGGGCCGCAAGCAUUUUUCGUCAAUGGCGGGAGGCGUGGUUCUGGCGAGGGUGGGAUUCAUCGCACUGGGCACGAUUUUGGCCGCGACGAUUGCUUAUACUUGCGUCACGGAUGGAUCGCCGUUCAGGAUGGAGCUCCUCACAGCGUGGAUGAAGGAGACCUUGCUGGAUUUCUACAUUCUAGUCUUCAUUUUUGGCUGCUGGGUUUGGUACAAAGAAGACAGUGUCGCGAGCAGAAUUAUUUGGAUAGUUCUCCUGGUUUGCUUUGGAAGUGUCACUGCUGCAUACUACGUGAGCAUCCAGCUCUUUAAGAUUUCUGUCCACGAUCCAAUCUACACCAUCCUCUACAGGAGACAGAGACCAUCGCAACACAAAAUGGAAACUAACCUAAGCUAGAAUCUACCAUAAAACCAUUUCUCAGGGGAGAGCUAGUGUUUGUAUCGGGUACCUCCAAAUCGACCCUCAACGGCUCUAGCGGACUGUGUGGUUCUUGAGGCUAAGUUUCUAUGCCCAACUUUACCAUGGUUUAGAGGAUAGCAUCAAGUACACAACACCAUAGCUGGCCCCCAAAGAUAAAACCCAAAAAACAUUAUUUU